AUGAAGGCACCUAAAAUAAAGAUUAGAAAGCAGCAGAAAAAAUCGAAUUCGAAUAAAAGCUUCGUAAGAAAGAAUAGUUACGUUGUAAAGCAGAUCACCCAGAGAGUUAUUGUUGGCAAGAACAUCGGAACUACCGGCUACGGUUGGAAAUUGGUGUCCGGUAUACUUUCUAUGGCGAUCGAGACGAAAAAUAUCGGUACCCGGACAUCACCAUCUUCUCUCGAGAAAGAAGCGGAAUCCUCUUCAUCUUCACUGUCAUUUACUCACGAGACAAACGCAUAUCUGACCGCAGACUUCGUGAGAGAAAGUAGUUACACUACCAUGAUAGAAAUAGACAUGUCACUGACUUAUGACUUCGCACCUGGGCCUAAACUAAUGAGGAAAAGGCGAAGGCCACCGAAUAUACUUGUGAAAUCUCGACUUUACAAGGAGAAAGCCGAAAAUGGGUUCAGUACCUCGUCUAGAAGAUUUGGAGGUGGAACAUUCUACGAUUAUCUUUUUGAAGUAGCUCAAACGGGAAAAUCGCCGACAACCUGGGAGGAGGUGCAGGCGGCAUUCUGUGACUUUUUCAAGGAUGCCAUAUACGAUAUCGAGGAGAGUUUUCGAAGCACAACCCGUGCAGAAAGUUGUUUGAUUGAGGGAAGCGAGGGUAUGCGUAUUUUCAACUUCGUGCUGGAAAAGAUGAAGAAUUUCAAGAAUUUUCCUUUUACCUUUCGCAGGCUAUGCGAGCUGCUCACUUAUCCGACGCGUUGGUACACGGAUUUUCCGAAAUUCAUGCGUGCCUUGGAAAAAGUGAUGGAUGUUGAGGCUACGACUGAGCCUUCAAAGCCAGUAGCACAGGAUGCUAAUGAUGGACAAAAAAUCGUGUCAUUGUUCUUUAAGGCUACGAGAAAACAAAAGAUCAUAGCAGAAAGCUCAGACGAAGAGAGCGGAAGUGGGAACAAGGAAAAUAAAAGCCAUGGAUCAGACUCUAGUGGUGCUCAAGAUAACGAUAAGCAUCUGGAUGACUGUAUGUGCGAAGACUGCAUAGUCCAUCGUUAUAACAUGUGCCGCAAGCCUCCACCACCACCUCCAAAGCGUCAGAGUGCUGGAGCUGAUCCCAACAUUGAUUCAUCUUCUGUUACUAAUGGAAAAAGAAAGACACGCAGUAAAAAGAGAGCACCCAAGAAGAAAAAAGCGCGAGCUCAGAGACGAUUUGAUUUUAGCCAAGCUCCCUUUGAUACGUAUGAUGAGAUAAUAGAGCUUCCGGAUGGUGUUUAUCCGCAAGACGUCCAAGGUGUGUACGAAUGCAUCAGUGAUGAAGAAGCUAAUCGUGAAAUUGUUAGAGGGGCACUAAUGACAGUGUACGAUGUAGAAGAAUUUGAUGGACUGGAUUACAUUCAGCAGGUCUCCUACUACCAACAAUUGCCAGAUGUCGCCUUGAUUGAGGAAGAACAUUCCUAUGCACGUCCUACUGUGUAUGCACUUCCAAAUACUUCUGUCGGAGAUCAAUGUGGUGGAUUGAAUGAGAAGUACUGUAAAUGGAGCAAAAUUGCACAAUGCCACCGCUUUGCCGUAAGCGCAGCUUGUUCUAUCACCGGUGACUCUACCACUUUUUUUCUGCUGUAAUUUUUGUGAUUGUAUACCAUAAGUAUAGAUACUCGAACUCGACAUUUCAAGAUAAUAUACCUCAUGUAAUACCUUUCAUGUAGUUUUGCAUUUUGUUUACUUUAUCGCAAAUUAUGUGCGAGUUCUGUACCAUGCUUUUUUUUCGCAGAAUUCUACUUGUUCUUGCCGCUC